AUGUCAACUGAGCCUUACAGCGAACAGGAUUUCGCUUUCUGCGCGUCUUCUUCCCAUUCAAUCUUACUUCGUUUAAUUUUCAUUCAUUCCCUUUCGUUUUCUUUUUUCUUUCUAUUACGUUCCUCCCCUUUCCGCCGUCUCUCUCUCAUUCCUUUGUCCCCCUCCCUUCCUGUCUCCUAUCUCUCUCACAGCCUGUCUCUUUCGCCUUUCUCCCUCCCCAUCGCUAUCGCUAUCGCCUCUCUCAUUCUCUCUCUCCUCCUCUCUCCCAUCUCUCUCCCGUCGCAUCAUUCUCAUUCUCUCCCUCCCUGUCUCACACCUCUCUCAUUCUCUCCCUCCCUAUUUCUUUCCCUCCCCACUUCUCUCCUCUCUUUCACACACUAUCUUCCUGUCUCCCAUCUUCCCCCCAUAUCUCUCUCUACUUGUUCCUCUCUCUCUCUCUCUCCCUCUCUCUCUCUCUCUCUCUCUUUUCUCCGGACUAUGAUGAAGACUGAAAGAUUGAGGAUUUUCUUGAUUGCUUUCUUGUUUCGUCUCUAUUUUCCUUUCUUUCUUUCCUUCUUUCUUUCUUUCUUUCUUUCCUUCCUUCUUUCUUUCUUUUUUUUCAUGGCUACUUCCUUUUUCUUAUCUUUUCUUUUUGAAGAAAAUUUUCUCCUUUUCAUUCAUUUUUCUUUCUCUCUUUUUCUCUCGCUUUUUGCUUUGCUGUUUUUUUUUGUUUUAUUUCUUGUUAGCAGGAUUUUCUUGAUUGAUUGCGUUCUUGCUUUCGUUUUUAAUUUUUUCUUUCUUUACUUCCCUCUUUCCCUCCUUCCUUCCUUCCUUCUUUCUUUCUUUCUUUCUUUCUUUCUUUCCUUCCUUCCUUUUUCUUUCCCUCCUUCCUUCCUGCCUUUUUCUUUCCCUCCUUCCUUCUCUCUUUCUUUCCCUCUUUCUUUCCCUCUUUUCUUCCUUCUUUCUUUCAUUCCUCCCUUUUUCUUUAUUCCUUUCUUAUUUUCUUUCCUGAUUUUUUACUUGUUUACCAUCAGUCUUUAA